AAGAGGCCACCAACCCCCCAGAAGCGAUGGCCCAGCCGUACACCCCAGCCCAGUACCCUCCCCCACCACAGAACGGCAUCCCCGCAGAGUUCGCGGCGCCGCACGCCCUCCCGACACAGGACUACACCGGGCAGAGCCGGGUCCCCGAGCACGCCAUGACCCUCUACACGCCCACGCAGACGCACAGCGAGCCGGCCGGCACCGACAACAGCACGCCCGCCAUCACCGCCACCACGACCGCACCGGUCAGUGUCCUCCAUCACCUGCAAACACUGUUCCCAACACGCUGUCAGCAAACAGAUGAUGUGACGCAAACAGAGGGCUCUCAGCAGCUCCAGCUCCAGCACUCAGACUCUUCAGAGAAGCAGCAGCCCAAAAGGUUACAUGUCUCCAACAUUCCCUUCCGCUUCCGGGACCCCGACCUAAGGCAAAUGUUUGGGCAAUUUGGAAAGAUUUUAGAUGUGGAGAUUAUCUUUAAUGAGCGAGGAUCCAAGGGCUUUGGGUUUGUAACUUUUGAAACAAGCACAGAUGCCGAUCGUGCACGGGAGAAACUAAACGGUACAAUCGUAGAGGGACGCAAAAUAGAGGUGAACAAUGCAACAGCACGGGUGAUGACAAACAAAAAGGUGGCCAACCCUUACACGAACGGCUGGAAGCUGAAUCCAGUGGUAGGAGCUGUCUAUGGUCCUGAACUGUAUGCCGUAACAGGGUUUCCCUACCCUGCCACAGGCGCUACGGUUGCCUAUAGGGGUGCCCACUUGCGAGGUCGGGGACGGGCUGUGUACAACACGUUCCGCACGGCUCCACCGCCGCCACCCAUCCCAGCUUACGGAGCGGUGGUGUACCAAGAUGGCUUCUACGGUGCAGAGAUCUAUGGCGGCUAUGCAGCAUACAGAUUUGCCCAGCCCACCACCACCGCUGCUUACAGUGACAGCUAUGGCAGAGUCUAUGCAACAGCAGACCCCUACCACCACACGAUUGGCCCUGCAGCCACAUACAGUGUGGGGACUAUGUAAAUACAAAAGGAAGAGCUGUACUCAGUAUUGAUGGACAUCACAGAUGAAAACAACGAAGGGAGGAGAACUAGCUUUAAGAAAAUAACACAAGAAGAAGACGAGAAGGAGUCCCUCUACUGAGGCUGGCGAGGGAAUGACGGGAAGGCGUACAAAGUGGCGCCGCCGCAGCGGUGUCAAAAACCAGCCACAAACUUGACAGACGGAGUGAGCCAGUUUCCACCAGGGACCACCUUUUUGUUGGGUAGAAAAAGACAGAGAGAGAAUGAAAAGUGUCCCGUUAUUAUAAAACAUUUUAUUUUUCUAUACUUUUGUGAUUUACAAUGGUAAAAAGUGUGUAUAAAGCAGUAUAUAUGUACAAAUCUGUUUUUAUGUUUUUUGGUAAGGGGAGAUGAACAGUUGGCCCUUGAUGCUGAUUCUGUGGUAUGCAGGAAGGAGGAGGGAGAAUCCCCCCCUUCUCUCUCUAUGGCACACUGCUCUGUCGCCUAAGGUUGUGUAUAAAAAAAAAAAAACAUGAACAGAAAAGGUGGCAAGGAGAGCUCGGCAUCCAGGCAGACGCACUUUCUACGCUGUACUUCCUGUGGGUGGAGUCAAAGGUCAGCCUCCUGGUCUCACUGCUCCGCCUUCUUCCUUCCAACCUCCCUGUGACCUCCUUCCUGACUUAACUUCCUUCCUUUUUCUGGGCCGGUGAUGUCGCACCUUCCCCCUUCCUCGUUGCGGUGUCACUGACCGGCAGCGCCUACUGUUAGCAGCGUCCCUUGUGGAUACUGUCGUGAUGUCACUUUCUCCUGGCAGCACCAUUGGGCAUCCCCGCCCUCCCCAAUGGGCAGCGUCAUUGGUUUACAGCAUUGGGGAGUUGGGGGGGGUGAGCCACGGCGGGACGGUGAGACGGUAUACAGCCGAGCACUCCCCGGUCUGCCCCUCUCCACGCCCCAGCAGAGGUCAAAGACUACGGACUAGUUAAGAGAGAAAAACGGUCGCAGAGGUCGCCGACUUUCCUCACCUGCCAGACUCCGAGCCCAAGCCUUUGUGUCACUCUGCACCGACGGACAAAAACGUUCAGAUCGACGUGAAAAACAAGGUGCGUACAACUUACCAAGGAUGCACGUUUCCACCCUGACGAGAAUAACUCAUCGACGUCCAUGUAACAAAUUGAAAUAUACUCGAAUUAUCCCAUUGUACUACAUCAGCAGGUGCAUAACCAAAACACAAGCCUGAGGCAUAAAUAGACUAUGUCGCUAGAUAAAACAUUAUAGAAAUACAGUAGUGCCCAUCCAACGGUAACAAGGAACGAGGGCUGAAAUAUGUCAAAUUCUUUUGUCAAUGUAUUCUGAGAAUAUUUAUUUGUGUGUUUUUAGUUUUUUUAGUUUUCUGUUUUGUUUUGUUUUUUGCAGCACUGAAAACUUUUAAAGAGGAAAAAAAAAUUUGGUGGAAGAGGAAAAAUUCUUUAUAUCAGGAGAGUCACUGUAAACGUGUUUUAAAAACGAGAAUGUUGGUUCAGUUCUUUGAAUGUACAUUAAUGUCUAGGGUGUCCAAUAAGUAUGUAUUCUUUUUUCUGUAUAUAAAUAUAUAUACAUAUCUAUUAUAUGGGCUGUGGUGAUGUCAGGGAGUAGAGAGGGGGUGUGGGCAGGAAGCCUCUGCCCCCCGAACAUAGAUAUCAGACCCCCCCCUCCCCACCCCCCUCCAACUAAAUAUGUCCCUGAUAUUUACUGUAACAUGUGAUCAUGUGUUAUAUGAUUGAAAGUGUGAUGGUGAUAGUGUGAACUGAUCUACCCCCCCUCCCCUUCCCACCAAAACCUCCUUCUUUACCACACAAACAAACACAGUUCUAGAUCUUUUUAUUCCCCCCUCCAUCAAAUGCAAAACGCCAUCCUCCUUUU